AUGGUACCCAAAUCGCCGCAUCUCCUCGAUGCCGCCGAAGUCUCGCGCCUCAUUGCGCACGAUCAGGUCAUCGUCAUCCACGAGGGGCAUGCUCUGAAUUUGUCUGCGUGGAUCAACAAGCACCCCGGUGGACGACUUGCGAUACUGCACAUGGUUGGAAGGGAUGCCACUGAUGAAAUCAACAUCUACCACUCGUCCAGGACUCUUCUGUGUAUGAAGCAGUUCCGUAUCGGUCGAGUACACGAGCCUUGGAGGAACCUCGAAGCCCCAAUCCGUUCGCCUGACGACUUCUACGCACGACAAGCGCUACGCAAAGGGGGAGAAUCGAAGCAAGAUGACAAAGAGUCUUUGGAGAAACGAAGAAGAAGUCGUACGAGUGUUGACCUAAGCUCCGCCGCAGUUGCCCUGCACAAGAAGCUGAACCAAACCCCUUGCACACGAAGAGCGAUUGGAAUUGUCCAGGUCGAGCUUGAAAAACAACCUAUUCUACCAGCUGUAUCGACCUCCCCAUCACCAAACAACGUCGACAGCACCGAUGAAACAGUCGCUGCACGCGAGCGAUAUGCCACCGAGUUAGAGCAGAAGGAAGUUGCGGAUGGCCUGCGCGACAACCCUUCAAUCGAUUACGACACACAACGAGCCAUUGUUCUGGAGUACCGACAGCUGCAUCAGAGGAUCAAGGAUGAGGGACUGUAUACAUGCCGCUAUAGCGAGUAUGCUAAGGAGAGCAUUCGCUAUGCCCUUCUCUUCGCCUCGUUCCUCUACCUCGUCCAUCUGGAGUGGUACCUUACGUCUGCUCUUGCGCUAGGAUUGUUUUGGCAACAGAUCAUGUUUACGGCCCAUGAUGCCGCUCACUGUGGUAUCACUGCCAAUUUCACAGUCGACACACUGAUUGGGGCCUUCAUUGCGGACUUCUGCUGUGGUCUCAGCAUCGGCUGGUGGAAGUCCUCCCACAAUGUCCACCAUCUCAUUACGAACGACCCAAUCCACGACCCGGACAUUCAGAAUACACCACUCUUCUCAAACUCGCCUACGUUUAUGAAGUCAGUGUUGAGCUCUUUCUACAACUUCCGGUUCGUAUGGGACAGUGCCGCGGAUUUCUUGAUUCCAUACCAAAAGUACACGUAUUACCCUGUCAUGGCUCUGGCAAGAUUCAAUUUGUACAUGCUCUCGUGGCUGCACCUAGUGAGCCCACGGGCAGCGCAGCUGGGAGCAGCUUGGUGGACACGUCCUGUGGAGAUCCUAUUCAUGGCAUGCUACUGGUUUCUCUUCGGAUACUGCCUCGUCUGGUGCACACUUCCCACAUGGCCGAUACGCAUAGGCUUUGUGCUGCUUUCCCACAUGGUAACAAUGCUCCUACACGUACAGAUUACCCUCUCUCACUGGGGCAUGCCUACCGCGGAUCUCGGGCCCACGGAGUCUUUCGCGCAGCGUCAACUCCGCACCACGAUGGAUGUCGACUGUCCCGCCUGGUUGGAUUUCCUGCAUGGAGGGCUACAGUUUCAGGCUGUGCAUCAUCUAUUUCCUCGAGUUCCUCGACAUAAUUUGCGACAGGUGCAGAGCAUGGUGCGAGAGUUCUGUGACAAAACGGAGAUCCAGUAUCAAUGCUACGGUUUUGUGCGGGGCAAUCGGAUAGUGCUGAGUAGGCUGGAGGAGGUAGCCAAGAUGGUGACAACUUUGGUGGAGUGCCAGAAGCACAUGGCGGAGACGGGAGAAAGCGGUCUACAUUAG